UAUUUUGAUUUGACCCAGGCAAUGGAGCUUCUGUCGCUACUAACACUUCUGCUUUUAGCCAUUGCCUCGAAUGAGGCAUGUCAAGUGCAGAGCUCCUCCAGUGAAACGACCAAGGACUGGUGGCAAACCGCCCAGUUCUAUCAGAUCUACCCGCGCUCCUUCAAAGACUCCGAUGGCGAUGGCAUUGGUGACUUGAACGGCAUAACCAGCAAACUAGAGUAUCUCAAGGACUUGGGCGUAACGGCUGCUUGGCUAUCGCCCAUCUUCAAGUCGCCCAUGGUCGACUUUGACUAUGACAUAUCCGAUUUUUUUGACAUUCAGCCGGAGUACGGAACACUCGAAGAUUUUCGUACAUUGAUCAAGAAAGCCAAGGAGCUGGAUCUGAAGAUCGUUCUGGACUUCGUACCCAACCAUUCAAGCAACGAGAGUGAGUGGUUCCUGAAGUCGGUUAAAAGGGAGAAGGGCUACGAGGACUACUACGUGUGGCACGACGGGAAGAUAAAUUCCACCACUGGGAAGAGGGAGCCUCCGACCAACUGGCUACAGUACUUCCGUGGAAGUGCCUGGGAAUGGAACGAGGUGCGUCAGCAGUUCUACCUACACCAGUUCGCUGUGCAGCAGCCCGAUCUGAACUAUCGCAAUCCCCUGGUUGUGGAGCAGAUGAAGCGGGUGCUGCGCUACUGGCUGAACGAGGGCGUCUCUGGAUUUCGGUCCGAUGCACUGCCUCCGCUUUUUGAGGUCGUGCCCGAUGGCGACGGUCAAUUUCCUGAUGAGGUUGUGAGUGGGGCCACCGAGGACACAGAGGAUCGCGACUAUCUGACCACCACGUACAUCGAAAAUCAGCCAGAGACUAUCGAUAUGGUAUAUCAGUGGCGUACUGUACUUGAUGACCACAAACGCAUUUUCGGGGGCAAGAGUGUUUUGCUGAUAGAGAUGUACUCCCCCGCCUGGUUUACUAUGCAGUUCUACGGAAAUAGAAGCACAGAGGGAGCCCACUUACCGUUCAAAUUCAACCUUAUUACCGUGAUGGAACAAAAGGGUCUUUCUGCGAGCAACGUACAGGAGGUAAUCGAUUUGUGGCUAAAAAACAUUCCAGCAGGUCGCACGCCCAAUUGGGUGCUAGGAAACCACGACAAACGACGAGCAGCCAGUCGGUAUGGAAAAGAGCACAUGGAGGGCAUGAACAUGCUGGUGAUGAUCCUGCCGGGAGUUAGUGUCACCUACCAGGGCGAGGAGAUCGGCAUGACCGAUGGCGAGAUCAGCUGGGAGGACACUGUCGAUCCGUGGGGUUGCAACUCGAAUCCGAACAUCUACGAACAGUACACCCGUGAUCCAGAGAGGACACCAUUCCAGUGGACUGGAGGCACUAAUGCCGGGUUCACGAAUGGAUCCACCACCUGGUUGCCUCUGGCUGCUGACUUAUUCUCAACGAUAAAUGUUGAGAAGGAAUUGAGCGAUGAUCACUCACAUUCCAAAACUCUGCAAAAUGGGUCCAAAAAGUACCAGGCACUUUCUGAGGACAUCUUCGUAGUCCAACGAUCUCUGACCAAAUCAGACACCAUUGUUCUUGUGAUUAACUUCGGAUCGGUAGCUAAAACCGUUGACUUGAGUCAGUUUGACAAGAGCCGUACCGAAAGCCUGCAGCUGCUCAUAAGAAGCAUUGAUUCCACAAAGAAGGAGGGCACUCGGCACGAUCCGAAAGCCUUGAGCCUGGAUCCCUCGGAAGCCUUAGUCUUAACCACCGAAUAAAACUCAUCUUUUAAAUGGAAAGUG